UUUUUAAAAGAAAUUUUCCAGAUUUAUCGUGGUGCAGCAGUGUACGGAGCGAAAGAGAAGAAAGAUACGGUUUGGGGCAAUGCCUCAUCGGGGCUGAAUCGAUUUGGCCCGAUCAGAGCGCCUGGUUUUGUGCGCCAGUCGGUAAGAUGGGAUUUCGCUCCGGAUAUUUGCAAGGAUUACAAGGAGACUGGCUUCUGUACCUUUGGAGAUUCAUGCAAAUUUUUACACGAUCGAACCGAUUACAAGCAUGGCUGGGAGAUUGAACGGGAUUAUGAGGCUGGCAGACUUAAAGAAGAUGAUCCGGACAAGUACCUCAUAAGUAGCGAUGAUGAAGAGGAGGCAAAUGAUCUACCAUACAAAUGCUUCAUUUGUCGCCAAUCUUUUGUGAAUCCAGUUGUCACGAAAUGCAAGCAUUAUUUUUGUGAAAAAUGCGCUCUGGGACAUUUUCAAAAGACACCAAAAUGCUACAUCUGUGAUCAGAAUACAAUGGGUGUUUUUAAUGUUGCGAAAGGUAUAGUCCAUAUAUUUUGA